ACUCCCACAAUCCUAUUCUCCCGUUUCGUUGUUACUGUAGCGCUUGCUGUAAAAACAAGAAUAAUGUCAGAGUAAAACUGUUACAGUGUGUUACAGAACAGACGUGUUUUACUUUGUUUAAUAUUCCACAGACGAUAUAUUCAAAUAAUACAGCAACUUUGUUGCAGUAAUAAUGACAGAAGAAAAACCUUGUAAAGUCUGCAACUUUUCACGUCAAAAAUCGUAUGGAAUUGCAGUCCGGUCUCUGGAAGACCUAAAAACUAAAGGACGUGAGACGUUAGGCAUGGACUCCAAGGUGCUGGUCUCUGUGGUGUUAGAGGACGAUGGCACCAUUGUGGAAGAUGAGGCAUACUUCAUGUGCUUACCACCUAACACCAAGUUCAUGAUUCUGCAUAGCAAAGAGAGAUGGGGUCCUGCAACCAGAGUUGAUGGCGGGACUGCCUGGUUAGGUGAGAGUAUUGACAGCGAUGAGAUGGACAGCGCUUUCACUGGCACCGAAUCGUGGAGGGGUCUGGCACAGCAGCUGAAACGAGAUCUCUCCAGCAUCAUACUGAUGUCCGAAGAGGAACUCCAGUGUCUUGUGGAUGUAUCCUGUGAGGAGCUGGCCAGGGAGCUGGGACACAAAGAGACUAAAGUGCAGAGCCUGCAGGACGCCCUCCAGAGGGUUCUGGACCAGAGGGAAGAGGAGCGGCAGUCCAGGGAGAUCCUGCAGCUCUACCUUCAGGCUGCAGAGAAGGAAACAAGCCCAGCGAGUACAGGCUGCAGCCAGGAGGUAGAUGAUGUCACUGAUGGAAUGGAGGUGGACUCCACCAAGGAGACUGCUGGACAGAGUUCCAAGUUCUGCCAAAGAACACUCAUGGUUCUGAAGGGUAAAACGAGCCCUGAAACCAGGCUGUCUAACCAAGACCUGCAGUUGGUGUUGAACGAAGGCUUGCAGAACCUGUCUGCGGCGCUGAGCUGGGACACAGAGAAAGCGAAGGAUCUGCUGCAGGCUUGCGAGGAGGAGCUGGAGAAACGCUUAAACAAAGUGCAGGCUUUGCAGUCCCUCAGGAACUGCACCCAGGAGACUGAGGAAGAGGGAAACACACAGUCCAAACGCAGAAAAAAGGCUCCCUUUCAACCUUAAUCCCUUUAGUGCAGGAGCCCUUAACAGAGCGCAAACUCACAGCAAGAGCGCUCCACUCAAGCUGCCUCGAUGUAAAAUGUUUAAAAGCGAUAAUCUGUGGUACGUGGCAUCAUUAUCCUCCCUCCCACAUGUUUUGCUUAUCAUGAAAAAUAGAACCCAGCAUUUUCUUUUAAUAUUCCAGGCAAUUAUGUUUCUUCUGGUAGUGCUUUUUAAUUAACUUUUUUUCACUGGGACAACGUUUGCACAGAUAAGUGGCAAUAAGGCACAACAGGAGGUGUGAUUAAUAUGAGAUGUUCACACCCUCUCAAUAGCAAAAGGGGAAUACAUUUACAUGCUGCGUUGUGUUUUGCCAAAUGUACAUUGGUGCAUUAACUGAUUUGGGUAGAUUGUUUUGUUGUAUGUUCCCUGCAAGUAUAAACAGUGCAGUUUCUUUUUUAAUCUUGAAUUACAGUAUUUGUUUUGUAAGGUUAAAUAAAUGUCUUAAAUACUAAAUAGUGGGGUUCCAAAAAAUAUAGCGUUAUACAUCCCUAUGUGUUGCUACAACUGUUUAAAUAAUGUACCUGUUGUUUUUCUUUUCAUUGUUAACAUGCUGACAACUUUUCAAAAUGUCUGCUCUAGUGCACUGGGGGUUGAGAUCUGUCCACUAAAUCACUGCAGCAAGAGCAAUUAAAAAAAAGACCUGGGGACAUGUAACAUUAUAUUUUUCAGAACCCAGCUGCUAUUCUACCCUCCUUCUCCUCCUUCUCGUCCCUCUUGGACUCUCUUUGCUCCCUGCUUCAGAGCCAUAAGCCCACCACGUGUUUUCUGGACCCCCUUGCCACUCACCUCCUCCAGGCUGCUGCCCCUGCUCUACUUCCUUUCAUUUCCUCUCUUCUCAACACCUCUCUGCUCUUUGGAUGUUUCUCCUCUGCCUUCAAACAGGCCUGCAUCACAUCCCGCCCUUGAGCCCUCAUCCCUCAAGAACUACAGUCCUGUCUCCCUUCUUCCAUUCCUCUCUAAAACCCUUGAGCGAGCGGUACAUCGCCAGCUUCCUGCUUUCCUAUUAACACAUUCUCUGCUCACCCCCCUCCAAUCUGGUUUUAGCCCGGCACACUCCACUGAAACUGCUGUUCUCUCCAUCACUAGCUCUCUACUCUCUG